AUGGAAGAACUGAACCUGACCAAUGUCAGCUAUUUCAUCCUUCUAGGAUUCUCCACCUCUGCAGAGCUUCAGGUUCUCCUUUUUGUCCUCUUCAUCUUUGCUUAUUUGGUGACACUGAUGGAAAAUCUCAUAAUCAUCAUCACUGUUUGGUGUAACAGCAACCUCCACAAGCCCAUGUACUUCUUCUUGUGCAACCUUUCCUUUCUUGAAGUCUGGUAUGUCAUGGUCAUUGUCCCUAAGCUGCUGGCAGAUUUCCUCACAGAAGACAAACGUAUCUCGUUCCAAGGCUGCCUGACACAACUGUAUUUCUUUGUCACUUUUGUGUGCAGUGAAUAUAUUCUUCUGGCUGUCAUGGCUUAUGACCGAUAUUUAGCCAUAUGUUACCCGCUGCAUUACCCAGCCAUCAUGAACAAUGCACUAUGUGCUCAGCUGUCAGCAGGGUGCUGGACAUGUGGCUUAAUCACCUCUGCUAUCAAGCUCAGCUUCAUUGGCCAACUGAAGUACUGUGGCACGGACCAGGUCAAUCACUACUUCUGUGACAUUUCACCCCUCUUGAACAUCUCAUGCACUGAUUCUUCCAUGGCUGAGCUGGUAGAUUUUAUCCUGGCUCUUAUGGUUAUCAUGGUCCCAUUGUGCUUUGUUGUGAUGUCAUACAUCUACAUCAUCUCAGCAGUACUGAAGAUUCCUUCAUCUCAAGGCAGAAAGAAGGCCUUCUCCACUUGCAGUUCUCAUCUCACAGUGGUAGUGCUCUUCUAUUCCACCACACUCUUCACUUACGCACGACCCAAAGCCAUGUAUGCCUACAACUCUAAUAAACUGGUGUCAGUACUGUACACUGUGGUAGUACCCUUGAUGAACCCUCUAAUCUACUGCCUCAGAAAUAAAGAAGUGAAAAAUGCCUUGAGGAAGACACUGUCAGGUUAA